UUGCUUCAGUUGGGAUUGGCGGGAUACUUAACACCAACGUAUCGGAUUGGCUAGGAGCGAUUUGAAGUGGGGUUAGCGCGGGGCGUUCCUCAAACCCGAUAUGGCCGCCCAGGAACGAGUGGAGGCGCCUGGUGUCUUCAGUAAGGACAGACCAGUCGAGGCAACUCGAUGCACACGCACGCCUCGUGCCACGAAUACGUCCUCAACACUGUCAGAUCAUUCGGAGUGGUUCUACUUCCGGUGGACAUUACGGUUACUUUCGCGAAGAUCGAUCCCCACCCCGGGCCUGCACAAACGCGAUCGUCCGAUUCGCGAGUUGGAGAUGCCAGUCUAAUCGGUUGGACCGAAUACCCGUUUGAAAAGUCUUAUGUGGUUCGCCGUGACGAGCAGUCAAUCGAGAACGAGCUAACAGACAUUCGUCUAGAUUCGAUUCGACUCUGCCAAGUGUCCGGAUGAUCUCACGCAGCCACGUGAUUGACUCGGUGACAGUGCGAUUUGAAGGAGAGAACAGUGUCGACAGACUGUAACGGUACCACCCAAUCUCCAGUCGUUUCGAGAUCCGUGAGCGUUGAUGAACGCUUCACCGCAGGAGUGAUCAAUUCAGGCACGUGUGACAGGCGAGACCACGAUAAGCCGCGGCUAAACAUAGACUCUCGAGAUGGACGUAAACUAGAUAGAUCGAUCGAGUGACGGUGUUGAACUGAUCAGACCCUGAUAGAUGUGAUCACCCCCUCCCAUAUCCAUUGAUCCGGCACGCACGACACAGUCGCGAGCUGACAGGAUAACGCGAAGGCGCGCCAACAUCUAAGAAUUCUUCCUUAAAGGUCCCGUCACAUUAGUUUCACGGUUAAACGACCGGCUGGUGAACACGCGCAGUAGGGGGUCUUGUUUCCAUUCGUGGACAAGGCGCGCAUCAUCAUCCCACCGACGCGUAAUCGCGCAAAAGUGAGAGGAACGCGCGGGGUCUUGUAUAAAAAAUAAUUAAUAAUUGAACGAGCAAGGAAAAGGAGAAAAAGGAAAGCGGAAAUGGCCGGCGGCUUCGCUCUUAUGCGCGGCAAUUAUGUUAAGUGGCCAAUUAGCAAUUAACCAGGGAGCCGAGCCGAGCGGCCCCUUAAUUGCGCUUGGGAAGAAGGUGGUGGCGGAGGUGGAGCGACCAAGUGAACGGGAGGAAGUGCAAGGUGCAUACGCAUCCCGUGAAUAUCUGUCUCACGCGCCAUUUACUCCAGAUUUGCGCCGGGGGAUUCUCGCCGAUCUGUAUCCCAAAUCGUUCUUUGACUUUUGCACAGUUGGACGGUUCUGAUACUUAAGCGAGAUGAAUCACCGAGUUCCCGAAGCGAGAUCUCUCCUAAUUUACUGAAACGUUCGCGAGUGCGUUCGUGUCCUCGGCGCGAUCGCGCGAAAGGAGCCUGCCUCGACUCUGCCGUCGGGAAAAAUCCGAUCCCCACGGAAUUCGGGAUCAGCAUUUCGGAGAUGCCGGGUAACGCGCUAGUCGUACACGCACGAGGGGAGGAGGAGUGAAUCCAAGGGCCGAGGUAUACCGGGAAUACAGUGAAGUGAAGUUGACACAGUGAGAGGGCGCGAAUUCCUGGCGCAGGCUACGUCGUCACCGUCGGCAAGAUUCUGUCUCCCAGGUACCGGGCGAGUCCUGGGGUGGCGACAGAGGCACCUGCAGGUGCCCGUAGCCCGAAGGAACCACCUGCGUCUACCGUGAUGACGGUCCAUCAUCAGCAGAACCACCACGUGGCCGCUCUCAGUGGCGUCGCCGUGGCCAAUAACGGACUGAAUCUCAGCAGGAUGUCCGGCCUGGAGGCACACCGGCUGGAAAACAUCGUCGACCGGAACGGCGUCGCCGUCGAGCGUCUCUCCAACGGUCUGGACUCGCGUAACAACAAUUUAAAUAAUAACAACGGCCUGGAGAGGGGCGACGCCUCGACGACGAUGCCGCAGAGAUCGAGGUUUAUGAUCACCGACAUCCUGGGCGGCGCGUCCAGCAAGAUGCACCAGACCGGACUGCCUAGCCAGGAGCCACCCGGAAGUCCACCCUCGACGCCGCGAGACCUCAGUGUCAGGCAUCAGUCCAGAACGUCCUUGAGCAACAGCAAUCUGGACGAGGACAGCGACGCCAGCCACCACGACGGCGCUUCCGUUACUUCCAAUGGUGGCAAAGAGGAUGAUCCUAAAAGCUCGUCCUCUAGUUCCCUGGGUUCCGCGCAGAGUAAGAAGCAGCGUAAAGCGCGCACAGCUUUCACGGAUCACCAGCUUCAAACCCUCGAGAAGAGCUUCGAGCGGCAAAAGUACCUUAGCGUUCAGGACAGAAUGGAACUGGCGGCGAAACUGCAGCUGACGGACACGCAAGUGAAAACGUGGUACCAAAACAGAAGAACGAAAUGGAAGCGACAGACGAUCGUGGGUUUCGAGAUCAUGGCCGAGAACAACUUCGCCGUGGCAGCCUUCCAGCAGCUAUACGGCAGCGGCGCGGCGACCAUACCUGCGCAUCCCGCUGCCGGGCGCUACUGGCAAUAUCCCGGCGCGCAUACGUUACCUACGAACGGAUUUUUUUAUCAGCAGGCCUCGGCGGCGGCGACUUUGCAGAAACCGCUCCCCUAUCGUCUGUAUCCGCCCACGAUGAUCCUAGCGGGACCGAGCAAUCCUUUGGGCUCUUUGACGGCGAGCUCCAGUCUAUCCUCCCUCAGCAACUACUACAGAGACAGCCCGGAAAUGGCCGACGGCCGGGACUCUUCGAGGAAGAGAGAGAGGAGCAAGAGUCCGGAGUCGAGGGACAGAUCGCCGCCCAGAAAGUCGGCGAGGUUGUACCCGUUGCCGAUGAUGCAGGCGGGGCCCAGCAAUCCUCUCGGCACCCUCACGGCGACCUCCAAUCUCCCCAACAUGAACAACUACUACAGGGACAGUCCGGAGCUGGUGGAGGGAAGGGAGAACAUGGAUAGGUCGAGGAAGCAGGAGAGGAGCAAGACUCCGGACUCCAGCGACAGAUCACCCCUGAGGAAGGACGCGCGAGCCUAUCCCUCGACGAUGAUCCAAGCGGGUCCCAGCAACCCUCUCGGUCCUCUCGCUACGGCCGGCUCGAAUUUACAGAACUUGAAUAACUACUACAGAGACAGCCCGGAGAUGAUGGACAGCAGGGAAGGUAUGAACCGGGCGCGGCAACGGGAGAGGAGCCAGAGCCAGGACAGAUCGCCUAUGCAAAGAGAGGAUAGUCCUCGGAGUAUAAGGGCUGAUAGCGACGAAGAGAGCAUACACGAUAUCUAGGACAUGGAGGUCUCUUGUGUCGCCAAUGGCGUGUUUGAAGCGCCGCACUGUGACUAUGAACAAGAAGAGGAAGAGGAGGAGGAGAAAGAGAAGGAUAACAAGUACGUCGCGCGGCAAGAUUAGGAAACGCAGCGAUCUCCUCGUGACGACGAUGCCGACGCGAAUAAAGCGAGCGAACGAAGAAGAGUCGACGCGUUCUGGCGAAUAUUUCACUAGAUCGAGAGAAGCGUGUGACUCCUCUUAAGAGGUCCUCGUGAAUCGGGCAGCUACCCAAGUUUAAGAGAUAGAGAGAGAGAGAAAGAAAGCAAGCCUGUGCACAACCAUCGCGAAGCAACAUCAAGACGAAUUUAGCGCCAACGAUCGUCGGACAAUUCCAGACGAGAUAACGAGAUCGCUCAAAUUUUAGCAGCUACUGCGCCAAUAGUUUGCGGAUAAGAAUCAACGGCGACUCCGGACGUAAAUAACCGAAUCGAUCGCGGAGGAUUCGUAGAUCGAUUGAUAACGCGAGCACUUAUGUAAUCCUGGAAGGACAAGUUGUCCUUGGGAACUAUGCAGUUCGGGCGGUCCGAGUCGCGCAGCUACUGCGAAUGCAAUCGAGAAAGCGAGUGCAGCCGAUGCAAUGAGACUGUGUUUGACAAGUUAUACGCCCAGAUCUACAUAUAUGUAUAUACAUAAGCAGCGAGAAGCAGUACCGCACACACGUAGAAAUUGUUGGACGUUAUCGCGGCCAUUUUUCGGUCCGGCGGGGAAGCUGAGGCAGCUUCAGAAGCCGAGGGUGAUCGAGAGAAAAGAGAGUGACUUGAGCUCGCGACAGUCGAAGAAAGCGAGUCGACGGAAUCAGAUGCGCGAACGGAACGCACACGGCGGCCGAUUUCGUGAGGUAGAACAGGAAGUGACAUAGCACGGGACGUCCGGGAUUUUGUAGAUAAUGAGAGCGAGCAGGAAAUAUCGUGCGGUUAACCGAACUUUGUGAUUUGAGCGCCCAGUGAAUGGCGGCUCGCCGCGAAACAGUAUAUUCAGCCUCGAUGCAAGCCCCAACGCGUAGAACGAAACUGACGAAAAUAAAACUAAACUGCGCGCUCUCCCCGAAACGGUUGUCCCCUCGGGCAAAAUGGAAAGACUCGUUGCUACUCAUACGUCGUUCGUGUUCGUUAUUUCAUUUCCACUCUUCCGUGCAGAACGCGACGAUCGGCCGGUCGUUCGGAGGGAGCACUUAUUUCCCGAUACUCUUAGGCAACUUAUGGAGCGAAUUUUAUUUACGUUUACGUGUUUCACUUCGAGCGCAAUUGCCGCGCUGAUUGUACUGUGAUAAUUUUUAUUUAACGACCGCGCGUGUGGAGCUGUUGUUGCUUAAUUUUAUCGCGAUUUUUUCCUUUUUCUCACAUUUAAUGAGUCACGUACACUCGGAGCGCACGUUUCCAUCGAUUAUUGAGGGUUUCUUUGUAGAAUGUCGCGGACUGUCGCCCCGGUGUCUAAGUACGAACAAUGUAGCGCGAGCGGCGUAUCGCGACGACUAUUUGCCAAAAUUCGCACCGCGCGCGCGAUUCCUUUAAUCUCACAAUUUUCAACAAAACACCCGCCCCGUCCCGUUCCCCCCGACGCCGGGAAUUAAAAGGAUUCAUUCAUCUGCGAAGAAACCAAUCAAUAUUCAUGACCGAAACGAAAUUCAGCUUUCCCAAUUUACCGACGUACAGUCAAUCCGGCACUGUUAUAUCGCCGCGCAGAUUAACCCGAUCCGUUUUUUGUGGCGAGCACACUACGAGGAACCAUACAGCGGUCGGAGGACCGUGGACGCUUUCGUGCGUCCGGGACGGUUACGAGUCGCGCCAGGAAACGAGCCAAUCGCGGGCGAACGCGAAUCUACAAUUAAUAUGACAUUAGAGGGGACCUGGCCGCGGGGGAAGAAAUCUAAAAUGACACGAAAUUACACGCGAUUGCCGCGAACGACAAAAAAGAAUGGGGCAAGAGGGGGCGGCAUCGGGGCA